GGCUCUUAUUGCCGUGACGCACCACCGCGGAGAAACCAGCUAACCCAGUUUUGGGGAGCGCGCGUGCCGGACACGCAAACGAGACUCGAGCCACUCAACGAGUUCUGCCUUUCUCGAGACAGUCGGAACGCCGGAGAACAACUCGCAUGUGUGAUUUCGGAAGUGGAUAACUUUUUCCCAACUAGAAGGGUUUCAAUUUUGCGGUCAGGUCUGUAUUUGGAACGGCAUGAAAGGUAGAUGUUACGUAUUCUUAGUUCUGACAAUUUUGUUAUUAGCAUGUUUGGCAGAUGACAAAACUGGAACACUUAAAAGGGUCAAACGCCAAGUCCCCGCUAGAUCAGGGGGACAACUAGGAUUCCCUCUGUCCAGGCGCCGGCAGUUUCCCCCUCCUGAAGAAUUAGAAGAAAUUGAAGAAUAUGAUAACAGUGAAGAAGAGAAAAGACCAGUCUCGCAUUUCCGUGGAAGGCAACCUCCACCCGAAGAAGACUAUUCUGAAGAAUUUUCUUUCACGGAAGCUCCUAAAACGACUACCCCGACACCACAGAGACCGACUUCAAGAACAGUAGUCUUUAAUAAUAGAUUUGCCGGAAGACCUAGGUUUGGAUCUCAAAGCUCUACCACUACCACAACUCAAACACCUAAAAUGUCCCCUGCAUUCUCAUCAAGGCCUCGUUUCAGAGCAGCGACACCCGCUCAAAGCCAACGCUUUGAUGUGGUCGCUAACAUUCUUAACAAGCCUCCACCUCCUCGACCGUCUGCACGGACCGUCGUUGCUACAAGAACCGAGAACGAAGACAAGAAGCCAGCAGCUGAAACCAGUGAUACAGCGACCAGGAGGAGUUCUAACACUCGUGGGAGAGCCAGAGGAAGGCCUAGAUUAAGAACUAGCAGCACUACAACUACUACGACGACGACAACAACGACAGAGAAACCAUUAGAAGAAGAAUAUUACUAUUAUUAUGAAAGUGAGGAAGAUCCAAAUGAACCAAUUGCAACCACAACAUCUACCACCACUACGACAACUACUGCCCGUCCAGCAUUUUCAAAACGGCCAACCUUUGCUCGACGUCCUUCAAAUGGCAAAAGCAGAUCGACAUCUCGGCCUGUCAUCAAGUUCGACCCUGAAUCUCAAUUUGCACCACCACCGGAGGAUGUCAUUGACAUCAUUUCGGAACCCUCAUCUACCAAAAAAUUCACUACUAGUACCACCACCGCAGCGCCCCCGGGAGGUAUACCUCCACACCUGAGGAACAAAUACAAGCCGCGUACUGAUGGUCGAUUCAUUGACUUCUUGAGAGACCCAAAUCGUCCAAGAGAACUUAAAGGAUUUGAUUUAACGGACUAUCCUUUCUACAUUAAAGUACCUGAAGACAUCGAUUUCGACUGCGAAAACAUGAAAGAUGGAUACUAUGCAAGUGUGCCACAUAAGUGUCAGCUUUUCCACUACUGUUUUGCUGGAGCUCGGUAUGAUUUCUUAUGCGCCAAUUAUACUCUGUACGAUCAAACGACAUUCACUUGCCGAUUUGCCAACAACGUUGACUGUCCAAGCUCCGAGAAAUAUUACUACAGAAAUGAUGAUCUUUGGAAAGAAACAACAACUCUUGCUCCCGAAACAACGACGAAGAAGAGAAGGACAACGCCGAAGGAUGACGAUUACGAUGAUGAGUAUGAUUAUGAUGAGGACUACGAGGAAGAACGAAGAAGGAAUAGGAGGAGACGUAACAGGAGGAAAAACAGACGGAAGCCUGCUGAGGAAUAAAGCAUCUGUGCGUAUUUUAACGAUACCGUUGAAAUGUUUCGCUGCAUUUUAAUGAAACGUUUUCUUUAAAAUGUAGUGAUUAGUAUCGGACUUCGAAAGAACAGUUCGAUGUUUAUUUCGUUGUUAAAAAUUUGUUGCCAAAUGACUGCUAUUCGCCAGUCGAAUGUAAGAUCCUUCCUUGUAAAUAAUUUUUGAAUUCUUUUGCUAAAAGUGGAAGCGAAAUUUAGAACACGAUAGCACUUCACGAAGCAAAAGAAUGUACGUGUUUAUCUGCACACUUUUCUUUUUUUUUCUUUUCUGAAUAAUAGAAUUGAAGCAUAAUGAAAUUUUGGCAUUGAAAUACUAUUAAUACUGAAGCAUUUUUAAGAAUUAACAAGUCUUUAUUUUUAUUCCUUAUUUACUUCUCGUUUACUAAUAUCUCAGGCAUAAGUAUUGCAAAUUUAAUGAUAUUUUUAUUGCAUAAUGGGGAAAUUAUAUAGUGCUAUAUUUGGACAUUUAUUAGUACGCAGAAAUAAAAAAUUUUGUUUUUUGUGUUUAAAGACAUAAAUGAUGUCAUUAUAUGUGGAUAGAACACUAAAAUGAAUUAAAAAUUGAUUAUUUGUUUGAAUAUUUUUAGGUUUUGGAGAAAAUUUGCAAAAUAAAUGUAAAUAAAGUGAAGCCAAAACCGAAUUUGCUGAUCCCCUCAGUAGGUUUCUUUAAAAAUGUUCUGAUAUUUUAAAAUUUGUUUUGUGAAAGAGACAUUUUUGUGAAAGAAAAUAAAUAUUUUGUUGGCUAA